GCCUAAGCAAAGUUGUGCCUCCUUCGCAGCUUCCGUAGUCAGGAAGUAACGCUUUGUUUACAUCGUGAGCAAUUUAGCGGAAAGUAACUCAAACCAGAGCUGUAAAAUAGGUAGUUUGUUGGAUUUACAUGCGUUAGCAAUAUGUGAUCAUAUUGAUUGCACAUAGAUAGCAAAUUAUAUUUUAAUUUAGAAGAAAGCAUUGCCCGCAGUUUCAAGCACUAGCUAACGUUAGCUAGCUAGAUGUUCUCCACCACUGUAACGUUACCAGGAUCAUUUAGCUUGCAUGUUUUAUACGUUUGUCAGUCAGCUAGAGAACGUUGCCUGUCAUUGGUAUUAAGAUUUUUUAUUUUAUUUCAGAAAUGGCCGACGACGUACUCUUUGAGUUCCUCCACAUGGAGAUGGUGUCCCAUAUUUACAAAGACCAAGCCUCGAGAGGGGAGAUGGACAAGGUAGGUUAAGCCCGUAACGUCACUAGACAGCUACCUGACAUACCCACUCAACAUUGUUUGAAAGCUUGGUCAUCAUCAAAAGGUGUGUUUGUUGAAUCCAUUGUUGUCACAUCUAGUUAUUUAUGGGGUUUUUUUCUCCACAGGAUAGGGCUACUUGUGUGUCCACUCUGGAAGGCAUGGGCUUCAGAGUAGGACAGGGGCUUAUAGAAAGGUAGGACAACAGUUUUCACUAUUGCAUAUGCCCUGUAUUUCAGUUUGACCUAAGUUCCACCUUUAAGUACUUUAGUAUCACAUUACCUGAUUGAAAUGGUGUUACCUGAAGGACAUCCUCAAUAUAUGUAGGCUAACCUUGUGUGUUUUCUGAUCCUCCAGGUUUACAAAAGAUUCGCCCAGCUUCAAAGAUGACUUGGAUAUCAUGAAAUUUAUCUGUAAAGACUUCUGGAUAAAUGUCUUCAGAAAGCAAAUUGACAACCUUAGGACAAACCACCAGGUGUGCCCAUGUUUGAAAAAUAAAGCACUUUAGUUUAGGAAUACAGCUGCUGAUGUACCACAUUACACAUGGCCUUCCUCCCUAAUAUUCAUGGUCUGUCUUUCUUAUUUCUACACAGGGUACUUAUGUUUUGCAAGACAACAAGUUUGCACUCUUGACACAGUUUUCCAGCGGGAAGCAGUACCUUGAGGAAGCUCCAAAAGUAAGACAUCCAAUCGUUUAAAAAAAGUAGACCCAGUCAUUUCUCGUUCUACAACAGUGGUCUUAAAUCCUGGUUCUGUGGACGCAGGCUGGGAACACAUUUGUUCCAGCCUGGCACUAACGCCAGGUUAAACUUGAUAAGUUAAAGUUUGCAUGUUAGUACUUGGAUGGAACAAAUGCUUGCACACCAAUUUGGCCCUAGGUUUAGCAUUAAUCUAGAAUAUUCAGCUAAAUAGAUUGAAAUAUAGGCCUUCAGUGAUUUAACUCAGAAGCAAAUGUUCAGCCGUAACUGUCUGGUAUGUUUCGCCACAGUAUCUGGCAUACUCCUGUGGAUUGGUGAGAGGAGCUUUGUCUAACCUGGGAAUGGACUGCGUGGUGACAGCUGAGGUCUCCCUAAUGCCCUCAUGUGAGUCUCUUUUAUCAUCAUCAUUUAUCAUAUACCAUCAUACCACACCAAACAUUACCGAUACUACAGAGAGGUUUCAAAUCAGAGAGUGUUCAGUGACAGGCACUUCCUGUAAAGGUUGUUAAGCAGACCAGGGCAGGACUUUGGCUAGCUGAGUGACAAACUCAUCCCUUUUUAGACAGUUUCUUAAAGAGCUGAAUGUGUCUUCAUUACAUAGCCACGAAAGUAACAAAAUUGCACAAUUCCAUAUUUGUCAAAAACUACUUUAUUUCAAAGGAGUGCUGUACUGCACAUGCACAGAUCAGCAACUUCAGACGAUCAGGUGUUUCUACGUAGUUAGCUUGACAUGCUAAGAUAGCGUUUCAGCAGUUUCUAUUGAAACAGCCGUUAGAGGCACUUUCUAUAUGGGUCCUCUUUGGAUACCAACACUGGUGAGUUCUGAGCAGACUAUCUAUCAGCUUGGUGCAGAGCCUGAAGCACUUCAGUGAUUCCUUUUCCAUUAUUAAAGGAGCUACAUGUAAUAUUUUUGUGGCCAUCAAAUCUCUUGUCAAAUUGACUGAGGCUGAGCGAUUUGUAUAAGUACCACGCGCUAACGGAUUGUAAUCGGUUAGCGUGCCGCUCAGACCCAGUUAAUUUGACAACAAGAGCUGGUCAGUCUUUCGUUGACCAAUAAGAAGGCUGCACCAUUAGAAUGCAAUUUUGUGUGGGCCCAAAACUUUUUUUGGGGGGGGGAAUGUUGUGAAAUACUAUAAUUCCACUAUUACUGUAGAUAUAUUAGACAUUUACUGAAUUUAUAAUGCAAAAAUAUUACAUGUAGCUUCUUUAAUGACAAGGUGCAUAAUAUGUGUAUACUUUGUCAGACGUUUGUCUAUUUAAGUAAUAUUACCACCUUUUGUGUUCUCACACAGGUAAAUUCCAGGUCGUGAUUCAGAAGAUUUGAAUUGGACCCAUCUCUUUUUAAAAUGGUAUGUUCAUCUGUGACAAUAAAAUAAUGUGAAUGUCAACCUUAAGGUCCUUAAAUGUCAUCACAUUGAAGGUGGUUUACUACAUAUUAUUUUUGUAUUACAUUUAUUUAGUUUUCUUUAGAAAGCAAUAAUACAUUGUAAAGAAUUACACACUUAUUUGAGUUUUAUAACAUACUUAAAAAAAGCUUAAUGCAGUUACCAGAUAUCGAUUCCUCUAUUUAAUUGUCUUUAACAGAUCAUUUUGUAUCCUAACAUCAGCUUCAAGUCUUUGUAUAUUAACAAAUAAUUUGUCUUCAGUGUGACACUUGUGAAGGUAUUGCAGUUAGUCUGUUGUAGGUGUCAUCUCUGUUGUUGAGGGAAAUCAAAUACGAAUAGCAUUUUUAUUCUCAAAUUAUUUUAAUACUUAUCCCAUGUAAUUUCCUUGGCUCUUUGUUGACUGUAUUUGCUAAAGUAACAAAAUAGUUGUUGGCGAAAUAACUAUUUUCUGCCACUAGAGGGUAGUGUCUGCAAUAUACUCUUCUCGACAGCAUGCCUGUGAAUGGAAUCUGAGUGCAUUAUCCUUUGAAAAGAGAGCCCAGUUGAACAUUAUAGCAGUGAAAUCCAGCUCCCCAAGUUGUCUCUUUCAAACUUUGUGAAUCAUGUUAUUUUCUUGGGAUAUGAUCUGUCUGCUUUACCCUGCAUCAAAAGCAAUACAUUUAAGACCGGGAUUGAAAAUGUUGUUUGUACAAAAUAAAACUUUAAAGGGGUGAUCUGCAGUUGCUACAUCCAUUUUUGGACUUAUAAAUGAAUAAUAUGUACCUA